CUCAAGGGAAGAAAGAGCAGUGUUCACUGGAUUCUGUUGGGGGUGCAAAAGCUCAUCUCUUCAUCUGGAGGAAAAUUGCAAAAGGACUGAAAGAUUGCAGUCAUGGGCUGGAGGCCUGCGUCAGCGCUGGUCGCAGUUGGGCUUUUAGUGCAAAUUUUUGGCUCUGAAGCUCAGGCUAUAACUGACAGUCGAGAAUGUCGGUUCUGCCCUGAAACUUGCUUGUCGGUGCCCCGGAGCGACGGGUCUUGUCCAAUAUGCAUUUGCAAUGGAGCAGCACUCCCGGACUGCCCAGAGCUCCCGGACUUCUGCCCAAGAAACUGUGUCCUACGGCGCAACAAUGAGGGCUGCAACCAGUGUGCCUGCAUGAGAGAAAACCCCAUCAUAUGCCCACCUUUACCACCAUGUCCAGAGGAAUGCCAGCAAAUUAUGGAUGAAGACGGUUGUCCGAGGUGCAUCUGCGAUGCCCCUCCCCGUACCUGUCCGGCUAUCACUUGCCCCGAAGGAUGCACAGAGGAGCUGGGAUCAGAUGGCUGUAUUAGUUGUCGAUGCCAGCGUACAGAGAUCUGCCCAGCCAUGCAACCCUGUCUCCGAGGCUGCAUAGAAAAUGAUCCUGAUAGUGGCUGCUUUUUUUGCAACUGUACUCUAAUCUCUGAAGAUCCUGUAAUUUCACCUGGUGAGAACCGACGAGGUAUCGGGCCAUUUGGUCCUAGACCUUCCGAUGUUGGUCCAGUUAUAGGAAACAAUCCCAUGCCUUCUAUUCCAACUGAUCGGUGUCGAAAUGAACGCCUCUUUUGUCCAGCAGACUGCCGUAUAGUAGUUGCUGCUCAUGGAUGUCGAGAAUGUAUGUGCGGAGAAGAUGCUUACUUAUGUCCAGGAGUUCCAAGGUGUUCAAACCGCUGUUUGUUUUUAAGUCCUCAAGAUAAGUGCUGCCGUUGUGACUGCAGGGGUCCCGGACCAAUCAAUGGGGUUCUGACAAUUACAGUACUGAGAGUGCCACCAUUCAAGCCUGGUCGCCCUUUUAUACCCUUUGGAACAUUUGGACCAGACAUCGACUUUGAUGAAAUUCCAUUUUUGCCCCCUUUUUCUCCCAGAGAACCUGAAAAUAAUUGUACAGUGGAUCCUUCUACAUGUAAUCCAGCUUGCAGAGUAAUAACAGACUCUGAUGGGUGCCCACAAUGUGACUGUCCUGGAGACCUAUGUCCUCGCAUUAGAUGUCCACUAAAGUGUGUGACAGAGUUUGCACCUAAUGGUUGCCCUAUUUGCAAUUGUCGACAGGGACCUACCCCAAUAAACCCCGAUUCUGAGACCAUUGGUCCAGCUGGUCCAGUCCUACCUGAGCAACCUAACUAUCCUGGUAUUCCACUGAUACCAACUGAUCCUGUUGGACCAACAAAUCCAAGCCCUCCAGUGGUACCUAAUGAACGUAAUGACCCUCUUGAUAACCCACUAACGCAAUCUGAGCCUAUCAACCCCUCUGGUAUACCACUUUCGCCUGGUGAUCCUAUGAUGCCAAUGGAACCAGUAAGGCCUGCUAAUCCCAUGAUGCCGAUGGAACCAGAUAAUCCUAUGAUACCAAAAGAGCAAGCAAGACCUGGUAAUCCUAUGAUGCUAGCAGAUCCAGCUGAACCUGGUAUUCCUCUGACGCCAGCAGAUCUCGCAGGACCUGGUAUUCCUCUAGUGCCAGCAGCUUCAGCAGGACCUGGUAUUCCUUUGGUGCCAGCAGAUCAAGCAGGACCCGGUAUUCCUCUGAUACCAGUAGAGCCAUUACAACCUGUUGAUCCUAUGAUACAAACACAGCCAAAUGACCCACGUAACCCUAUGAAUCCAGUGGUUCCAGGAGGGCCUGCUACUACUAUGAUGCCUAUGCAGCCAGAAAAACCUGGUAAUCCUAUGAAUCCAAAAGAGCCACAAGGAACUGGUAAUGUUAUGACACCAAUGGUUCCAGGAGAACCUACUAAUACUACAAUGUCCACGGAUCCAAAGGGAUCUAGUAAUCCUUUGACGCCCAUGAAACCAAGAGAACCCAUGAAUUCUCUGACUCCAGUUGAACCAAAUCUACCAUCUAAUACCGCUGGCACGCCAUCGCUAUCACCUGGGCCUGAGAACUCUGAAAUCCCUGAUGAGGCUGAUGCUUCUGCCACCCCUGUCAGCCCAACUCUGCCAUCUGAUGACGUUUCCCCUGAUAUUUCCACCACUCCAGACGACCCUGCAGUUUCCACUGAGCCAAAUACACCAGCACCUACAGAACAGCCACUGGAUGCUGCCUUACCAGGAGAAACUGUUAAUCCUCCUCCAUCAAAAAGGCCAAACAAUCAAUCUGUACCUGAAAUUCCAAAUGAUACUGAAAGCUUUUUUGAAUCUACUUUACGGACCUCAGCUGGUAUGAUACCAUCAGCCAGUUCCAUGAGAAUACACCCAACAGGAAGGUCAAAUUUACAAAUGGAGCGGGUACGACACACAGCAUCCAUAAAGAAAAUAAGUUCCAAUGAACAUGAAAAUGAAAAUACUUUAUCACAGUUGCCGAUCCUCAGCAAAACGAUGUCGACCCUGGUCUUUUGGUUUCCCCUUAAAAAAUAUUUUGGCAGGUGUUCUACUUAG